UGCAUUAUUGGCUCAGGAAGGCGGAGGGCAGAUAGGAGUGCGUUCAUACAUCUGCAAUGGCCAUUGGAGUGAAAUAUAGCUCGCUUUUGUCUCUUGCAGUGGUGCUGAUUGCAUACUGGUUCCGAUCACCAGACAGUUCGGUUCUGGACGACAGACUGGACACGGUUCUGUCUUCACUGCUGCGCGCGGAGCGGAAAGUUGGCAUGAACAGCGUUUCCAGACCUCGAGUGGCCAUCGGUUUUGGUGGCUGUGUCGAUAUCAUCGUCGAUGGAGUGGCCCUGCUGAACAAAAUCGGUGUGAAGCCUUCAGACCAGCCUCUCCAUCAUGACUACAUAGAGAACGCAGAGCAACUGGCCCAGAGCUUCGCCUUCUUUUUCCCACCGGGAGCCGCUUCAGAGAGGUUUGUGGUGAACGACACACUCUUCAGUGAGCUGGUGGAGGCUUCUCGCGAGCUGCCAGGAAACAGGUGGUCGAUCGGAGGAAAUGCACCUGUCAUGGCCAGCAGGAUGGCACUUGAGGGGUGUGAUGUGCUUCUAGGGGGCAGUUUCAGCACAGAUUUCACUGACAUCCUGUCUCAGCGAAUCACUGUGGCAGGAAACACACUGGACGAGCCAGACAUCCACCUGAUUCUGGAGUACCCCACAGGAGCCACAUGGGGGCCAUACACCUCGCGAAGGGCCAACAGAUAUAUAGUCCACAGCGAUGACCAUAAUCCGUAUCUCGACUCCAUGGAGCAAUUUCAAGAGCAGCUAAAGAGCUUCAAACCAGAUCUACUGGUGGUGGGCGGGCUUCAGAUGAUGGACAGCUUCCCUUUUAAACACGGAGAGCGUGAAUCAUUGCUGAAAAAUCUGGCACGGAUGUUGUCCUCUGCAUCGCCUCAGACUACUGUGCAUUUUGAGAUGGCCAGCUUUGUGGAUGAGGGUUUGAUGUUGGAUCUUCUACAGUUCGUUCUUCCACAUGCUGAUUCGUUGGGCAUGAACGAACAAGAGCUGCCCAAUCUCUUGAGCCUCUUCCGGGGUAGCAACCUAACCGUUCUGUCCGAUCCCAACCCUCGCGUAGCUACGGUUCUGGACCAGAUGCGAGAACUCUAUCGCCUGGUAAACCAGCACCAUCAAGAUGCCGGUACGGGCCGUCCACUCACCCGCCUCCACGUCCACACGCUCGCUUUCCAGGCCAUCAUCGUCAAGCGUGGCUCCCAGUGGAAGAACACCAUGGCGGCCAUGGCCAAAGCCUCUCUGACCGCCAACCGGCAUGUUUGCGGCUCGGCGGACAUCGACCUGAGUAAAGCGCGGCUGAUCAUGGACGAAUCGUUCUCCACUAGCAGGAGUGAAGGAAGCCAGAGGAUUCCUCUGCAGGAGUCUCGACCCGUCUCGUGUUGGCACGAGGAUGACUAUGAGAUCUGCGUGGCUCCUGUUCUGGUGUGCACUGAAGUGUAUCAGACCGCCGGGGGAGGAGACAACAUCUCUGCAGCUGGACUCGUCCUGCAGGUCUGAAUACGAGAGGUGGUGGAUGGUCCCAAACAAUUGAUUUGAUUAAUUGUGUUGUUUUAUUUUUCGUUUUUACUUUUGUGGGGACGACACAUCAUGUGCAAUAUAAACAUUGGGUCCAGUCGAUAUAUAACUUGGUGUAUUUCACAAAACCUGUCAAGAUGUUCUGGUCAAAGUUCACACUAACAUCAGAACAAAGAGAAAGGAAUUUGACUUUUUUGAAUUUGAUUAAUGUUCGCUUAUGUUAAGUGAUAGUUCAACCAAAAAUUUUAAUUCUCUCAUCAUUUACUCAUCCUCUUGUCAUUUCAAACCUGUAUGACUUUCUUUCUUCCGCAGAACACAAAAGAAGAUAUUUUAAAGAAUGUUCACCAGCACCGAUUCACUUGCAUUAGUUUUGUGUCCAUACAAUAGAAGUUUCCAGCUAUCUUCAAAAUAUAUUCUUUUGUGUUCUGCAGAAGAAAGAAAGUCAUACAGGCUUGACACUAGGGUGAGUGAAUGAUGUCAGAAUUGUAUCACUCUAAUGCUGGGUUCACACCAAACGCAAACAAUCGCGUUGCACGCUCUUUAUUACUCGCGGGAAAAGUUCGUUAUUUUCGCGUGAGUGACGCGAGUGAUCGCGCCGCCCGAUUCGCGUCAUUCGCACCGCCUGCCGCGAGUUCGCGUCUGUACGUGUCCUUACAUUGACUUUGAAUGCAAUUUACUCACGCAAAACGCUUAAUUCGCGUUUGGUGUGAACCCAGUGUAAGGACUACAAUGUUUUUUUUGCAUUGCAAUUUAUUCCUGAUAUACAAAAAUAUUGCUUUAUAACAUUGAGAAAGUGGUCACUAUUCAGAAUAAUGAAAAUAACUAUAUAUGUAAACCAAAUGUCUGGAGACAUGAUAAUGGGAAUUUGUGGUUGUGUGGCGUUUAGGAAUGAAAAUCACAAUGCAAAAAAAAAGUGUAUGGUUCUUAAAACUAUGAAAAACUGUUUUCAUGAGAUUCAAGCAGUUAUACUACCUAUAGGUCACUGUUUCCGUUUUAUUUUCUUGUUCAACACGUCUUUACUUCAUUUACAUGUUUGGCAGACGCUUAAAAGUGACUUACAUUGCAUUAUACUAUACAUUUGUAUCUGAGUAUGUGCAAUCCCCUGAGAUCAAACCCAUGACCUUGGCGUUGCUAGCACCAUGCUCUUACCACUGAGCUACAGGAAAGUCCACUUCAUUAAUAUCCCUUAUCAGGUUGAUGGCUUCAGAAUCAUUACCUUCACACAAUCCAAUGAGAUGCCAGUCAUUUUCAAGUACUACCGAAGAUUUUUUUGAGGAGCCAGAGCUUGUUACAUUAUGACUGAAAUCUGUGUAUACAAAGUGAAAACACUUAAGAAUUUAGCAUGACUGAUGUGCUUUAGGGCGUUUCAACCUGUUUUCUAAAUUAGCUUCAAUGCUUCAUCUCUUUCCUAUCUUAUGCUCCUCGUACUGCAGUCAAUAUUAAAUUGCUUCUCUUCAUUCCACAGCUUCAUCAUAUUCCUCUAUAGCAAGCAUCUGAGCAGUUACACAUCCCAAAUAGAUGUCUUUUGCAUUUCCCUUUAUCAUGUCAUUGAUUAAUCAUGUCUCAUUUUAUAAUGUAAUGAAUGCUGAACCCUGUUGACUUUUGCUGCUCAUUAGGGAACGUGGCAUGUUUUAAACUCUUAAUAGGGUAAAGGGAAAUGUUGAUUUUAAUCUGUUUAUUUUCAUCACAUUUUUUCUUGCAAUGGACAUAAUAUGAAACCAAAACCAUUUCUUUAUUUGCGAACGUGUAUUUGAUAUGUGUGUGAUGUUUCAAAUCUGCCUGCAUGUACAUAAUGUAGAAGGAGGGUUAGAAGAACUUAUGUAAAGGGUGAAGGCACCUCAGAUAUGAUCAUGGUCCUUUCUGAAUCUUUUCCAUUAGCCACCCUGAGUGCAAAUUAUUACCUACCUCCUGUGCCUAUGAAAUUACAAACAGCUGUCUUUUAUGAUUAUAUUGUAUGCCUGCAUUUAUUUACAGGAGGGGUUUAUUAGAAUGCUCAUCCAUGCUAGUGUAGCAGCCUCAUAUUAGACAGGAGCUCGAUAAAGAUGUCCCACCCUAUGAAAGAUAUCAGGGUGAGUGCAUUUAGGCACUCACAAGCUGAUAUAUAAAUCACGUCUCAGGGAUUACAGUAGCCCGGAUGUCUAUGAUCCACAACACUUGAGCCUGUUGAGCUGUAACGGAGAGCAGCUGGUGUGAUGAAACCUUUUUUCCUGGAUGAGAUCUGAGCCUUUAUAUACUGGCCAACCAGUGGUCCAGUAGAAGAUUUUUUGUGUGAACAAUAGCAAUGGAUGUUUUUGUUUUGAAUGUGAUUUGUGCGUUAAAUCAUACAUUGAUGAUAUGAAAGGGGUUUAGAACCAUGUUUGCAUGCAUAUGAACCAAUUGUAGCAUUUUAAUUUUGACAGAAAGGGUAAAACAGUAUCCUUAAUGUUUUGCUGGAACAGCUGGAAAUGACAAUUGAUAUGAACUGCGUUUUUCUCUUUUUCCCAUCUGUGUUCUGUCAGCAACACCUGUUUUUGAAGGGAAUGCUUGUUUCUGAAUGAUUUUGUAUGUAAUAAACUAUUACAUUCCAUUGAUGAUACAAACUUUGUGGAUUUGUAGUUACU